AUCAGCUGUGUCCAAUCACAACUGAUCACAUCUGUAACGCUGACAGAGGAGAGGAGGGUCGGUAAUCGGCAUUCCUCGGAGGGGACGUGUGCACUGAUGAUCAGUGUGCCCUGAUGAUCAGUGUGGCCCCAGAAGUGCCACCUGUCAGUGUCCAUCAGUGCCAGCUGUCAGUGCUGAAAAGUGCCACGUGGCAGUGCCCAUCAGCGCCACAUCAAUGCCACAUAUCAGUGCCUGCCAGUGCACAUCAAUGCCACAUAUCAGUGCCCAUCUGAGCUGCCUUUCAGUGUCACCUAUCAGUGCCAGUCAGUGCCACCUAUCAGUGCUGCCAAUCAGUG